AUGCCUGGUGUUAUCUACAUUCAAUCAGUACCUCCAAUGUUUACAGUCAAACACCUGAGAGAAAUUAUGUCCAGAUUUGGAGAACUGGGAAGAGUUUACUUACAAGCUGAAAAACGUGGACCACAUAAACGUAAACGCUACACUGAAGGAUGGGUGGAAUUUAAAAGCAAAAAAUGUGCAAAGGAAGUUGCCCAAAUGUUAAAUGGAAAUCAAGUUGGAGGAAGAAAACGAAGCGCUGCCUACGACAGCGUUUGGACUAUGAAAUACUUGCACAGUUUUAAAUGGGAACAUUUAAUGGAACAAUUAUCUUAUGAAAAACGUGUGGAACAACAACGUUUGAGAACAGAAAUAUCUUUUGAAAAACGCAAAGCAGAACAUUUUUCUCAACAAGUAGAAAAAGGUGAAAGACUUAAAAAAUUGGAAGAGCGCGUUUUAAAGAAAUCGGGACUUUGGAAGCGUUAUUUAAUGCAACAUCAUCAGAAAAAAGUUAUUAAUGAAAAUAAAUUGGAGAAAUCGAAGCAAUUGAGCGGGGAAAAGGACUUUUUACAAAUGAUUUUUGGUGGGAAAGAAGAACAAAAGGAAGAAAAUGAAAAGGAAGGUGGAGGGGGAGAGGAAGAAGAGAAGGAAGAAGAAAUUGUGGAAGAAGAAAAGGAGGUAAUUGAGGAAGAUGAAGAGAAAAUUGAAAAAACAAAUAAAAUAAUUAAAAGAAGGAAAAAUAAAAAUAUUUUGGUUAAAAAGAAUAGAAAAAUUAAAAAACAUUUAUGAUAUAAAAAUAAUAUUUUUGGUAUGUUUUUCAAAAAAUUGAAAA